AUGGCCAACACCCCACCACAAUUGUCGUUGCAGACAACACAAAAGAACAGCCCUACACCAUUACCCCAAGCUCCAUCGAGUCUCACACCACCAGUGACUCCCAUAGCCAAAGAAAGCAACCAGGAAAAAACAACUCCAAACCUAUCGCAGAACAAAAAGCUCUCGCAAUCACAGUUCGCAUCCAAAGAAAAUGUCUCCACCCUCCACUUCGCCGACGACCUCGAAAUCUGCCGCACAGACGAUAACCGCCCCUUCGAAUUCGGCCGCGGCGUCUGGAGCAUAGUAUACAAAGCGCGCUACACGCCCUCAACCACCAAUCUCAACCCAAGCACACCCCCAAGCUCCCCAACCACGCAACCACAACUCCUAGCCGUGAAAGCGCCGUUGCGGCGCGACGCAAACCCAGUCCUCAAAGCCGAAGCCGCAACCCUAACCCGCCUCUCGCGCCUCCCAGGCCACGAAAACCACCUCGUCCCCUUCCACGGGUAUCACACCGAGCUCGGCGCACUAAUCAUGACCGCCGUGCCAACCUCACUAGCAACCUACAUCGAAGCGCAAGCCGAACAAGCACGCAUCCACCGAACAACAGCAACAAUGUUCGACCCCGUCCAAGGCCCGGCUUCAUUCCGCGACCUCGCGCGCAAGCUAAUCACAGGCCUGAACUGGCUCCAUGAAGUCGCGGGCGUCGUGCACGGCGAUAUCAAGCCGCAUAAUAUCCUCCUGAGGCCGAUUGAGACGGAGGGCGAAGAGCAGACGCACGCGUUCGAGUACGAGCCGCUGUUUGCUGAUUUCUCGGCGACGGUGGAGAUUCAGACGGAUGUGGAUAAGCCGCUUGAUACGACGCGUGCGUCUAUGUCGUCGUUUACGCCGCCUUUUACGGCCCCGGAGAUGCUGGCUUCGCUGAUGUGUAGUGAGAUGGCGCCGACGGCCGCUUCGGAUGUUUUUUCAUUGGCGGCGACGUUGUUGGCGGCUGCUACGGGGGAUUUGUUGUUGUAUUCGAAUAUGAAUCAUCGGUUGAGGUUGGAGAUGGCUAGGGCUGGGCAUCAGAUUGUGGAUUUUGCGAGGUCUGGGGGGAGUGGUUGUCGGGUGCCGAGGAAUGGGUUUGUUGAGAGGCUUGUUCAACCGGCUGUUGUUAAGGAUCCGACGGAGAGGAUAUCCACGGCGAAGUGGGUGGAGCUUGUAUCUGUUUGA